AUGGCAUCUAGCAACCGGCAAUUCCCUCAUUCUGCUAUAGGACCUGUUUUAUCUCCUUGGCACACUUUGUGGGAAGUUUCACCAUCUUCACACCUAGGCCCUAGUAAAUGUUUGGAAGCAGGGUUAAAUAACAGAUUACUCAGUUUCUGGGCACCAAGAAACACCCUAUCAGACAGCCAAUAUGCCUACCGACACGGCCGGUGCACUACAGAUCUGGUACGAGAAGUGGUGCGCUGUGUGCUGCGCGCUCGCGAGGCGGAACGAUACGUAGCUGUCAUCUGCUGCGACUUAUCGCGUGCCUUCGACACAGCAGACCACGCGCUAGUUGCAGAUAAAUUGGCUCACUACGGUAUCCGAGGCGCGGCCUCCAAACUAAUACUGUCAUUUAUGACCGGCAGGGCCCAGGUUGUCAUCGGGGAUGGAGGUAAGGUUGUGUCCUCCGAACUACGAAACCUGAUGGGAGUGCCUCAAGGAUCGUGCCUCUCCAACACACUUUUUAGCAUUUUGCUGAACGACCUGCCAAAGGCAAUAAAAGGUGCAGACAUACUGAUGUACGCCGAUGACGUCACGGCAGUCGUCAGUGCGACCGCUGAACGGGGGUUGGAAGAGGCACUUAACCUUGUUAUGGAACAACUGCACCAGUGGUUCCGGUCAAACGGUCUCGCUUUAAAUAAAGAGAAAACGAGCUAUAUGAUAUUUAAAUUAAAUGGUCAUAGAAGCCCAACCAUGAGAGUUAGUGCAGGUGGUGCCCCUUUACAGCACGUGACCUGCACACGUCUGCUCGGGUUCCAGCUCGACAACGUGCUCUCAUGGGAAGCGCACAUUAAUGAACUGUGUGGAAGGCUAGGGCGCGCGUGCUUUGCAUUGCGACGGUUGGCGAGCACAGCCGGAAAGGGCGCAGUGCGAGAGUGCUAUUUUGCGACGGUGCACUCGCUCUUGACGUACGGCGUUGAGCUAUGGGGACGUGCUUCCGACUGGGGACGUGUGUUCUCUAUGCAGAAGCGCGCCGUACGCGCGAUGGCUGGCAAGGCUGCUGAUGCACCGGCACGAGACAUCUUCCGCGAUCUCAAGAUUCUGCCCCUACCGUGCCUAUUUAUUAACCAAGUUGCAAUAUUCAUGCGCGAAAACCUAGAUAUGUUUAAGUGCAGAGGCAUUAACACCAAUUACAGCCUCCGAAGUAAUAGGCACCAUAAUAGGCUAGUCACCGAAGCACACCGGCUUGCGAAGUCAGAGCGGUCCGUCUACAUUUUAGGCCCCUCCAUUUACAACCGCCUGCCUGCUACUGCUUAG